AUAAUGAUAGGUGAAGGUGUCGCUUUAAAUAACGUAUUAGUAACAUUUAAUGCCAUAUAUACAGCUUUAAAUUUUGGCGGUUUGAUUUAUUUAUUGCUUUAUAGAUAGACUUUCCAUGUAUAGUUCUACCUGACCGAAAUGUCGUUUGACCGGUUUUCUUGCUUACACUUGUGGCCUGUAUAGUCCGCACUCCGCAAAAUCACUCCCACAAGCCGGUUCGUUUGCUCACACAGUUUUAAAAUAAAUAUUUUAACCUUUACGCGAUACAAUAACAUUGUUUACGUUUUCUUGAUAACGGAAUAAAAAAGUGAAUAUAAAAUACAAUUCGCAAUUAUAUGCUGUGUAAAAAAGUGCGUUUGUUUACUUGAGUUAAUAUAUAUCAGUGACUAUAAUUUAACCGUAAAAAAAUAUUUACGACUAAAAUAAUAAUGAUGCACUAUAGACCUACCAGUUUGGAAUCUUUGCCGAAGCAAUUUGUUUCAGCAAUGAGAACCCUUUUUGAUAUCAUGGAUGAUAAACAAACUGGUUAUGUUAAAUUAACAGAUAUCGAAAAUCGAUGGCGUGAUGACCGUACCAAGGGUCUUCCUAGAGGUGUUAUUGAAAGUCUUCAAAAGGUAGCAUCCCAUGAUGGCUUACUAACAUUUGAAAGUUUUUGCACAGGUUUAAAAAUAUGCCUAUUACAAAAUCAUGCACAAAACGCAAAGGUUAACGCUAUCAAUGCGGAUGUCGAUAAUUCUGUUAUUCGCAAUCAAAUAUCUCAGAUGAGCCGACCACCUUCGGCACCUUUAAUUGAUAUAGAUAAUGAUAAUGACAGAGAUACGAAUUGGAAUUUAAUGAGAGUUCCUACGAAUUCCAAUCAACGUAGAACAAACAGUAUGCCCCAAUUAAUAGAAGACAAAGAUUAUUUGAAUAAAGAAAAGGAUCCCAUACCAAAAUUGCUUCAAAAUGACAAUGAAAAAUCUGUUUCUAAGCCAAAUGCGUCUCAGGGUCUUAGUGUUUACGGACCUCCGAAGCCUCCUCGAUUGGAGAAAAAUGCGAGUGAUAGGAAAGAUGUUUCCAGAAUAGUUUAUAAAACAGAUGAUAUGUUCUUAGAGAGUAAUAAUAUGGGCAAUAGUAAGUUGGAUUUCCAAGAUUGUAUGUCUCAGUCAUUAUUAGACGGACAAGGUCGGGGUCUCGGCGAUGGUCGUUCAGCUAUUGGAACGCAGACGACUUUACGAAAAGCGUCACGGCGAAGGGAGCCCCGUCGCCACACCUUACACAACGGUGUUGAUUAUAAUCUUAUAAAAAGGAUGAAACAAAUUGAACAAGAAAAAGAUGUAUUGUUGCAAGGCCUCAGUGCAGUAGAAGAAGCUAGAGAAUGGUAUCUCAAACAACUAGCCGAAGUUCAAGACAAAAUGCGAUAUGCUGGCAGGAUGGGAGCUUACAUUGAACCUUGGAAUGAAGCCCACCAAGAACGAAUUGAACUGUUAAAGGCAAGAGUAUUGGAAUUAAACCGCCAGCUAGGUGCUUUAGCAGCAGGGUGGCGUCAUGGGCCUUUAUCCCUACACAUGAAUCUCGCCCUACCCACAACAAUGAACACAAUGACCGCUGCACCAAAUAAUGCAAAUGUUCUACGAUCUCAAAAUAGAAUGCUAGCAGAGGAGGUGAAUCGCAAAAAUGAAAGAAUUACUGUUUUAGAGAGAGAAAAAUCAGCCCUAAUUAGAGAACUAUUGCUGCAACGUAACAGAACAAAGCUUAUGGAGAGUUUUUCAUAGAAGAAUUAUUUCAUUAGGGAUGCUGUGCCAUACUAUAUAAUAUAUUUAGAAUAACCAUUAAUGCAUUAUUUUAACAUUACAUAUAUCAUUUGUAAAUUAAAGUCAUAUGAUGGCAAAGUUUAUAUUUAAUAUAUAUGUAU